AAGCAGCAUGCGCAAAGAUUGUUUUCUUUUUGGCGCGUAUUUUUUUCUUGCUUAUUAUUUUGCCCAAUGUCGUACUCAAUUUAAUUCAACUUAAUAAUAAAAUAUAUAGCAAUUGUGAUGGGCAUAACCGGGCUGAUACCGUUUUUGGAGAAGGCAUCAGCCAAGGUGAACCUAAAAGACUUGAGAGGUAGCACUGUUGCCGUCGACAGUUACUGUUGGCUGCAUAAAGGUGUCUUCAGCUGUGCUGAAAAAAUUGUGCGCGGCGAGGAUACAGAUCUUUACGUACAGUAUUGCAUGAAAUUUGUCCAAAUGCUGAUGUCCUACGAUAUCAAGGUGAUUCUGGUAUUCGACGGACAACAUUUGCCAGCCAAGGCACUCACUGAGCAGCGGCGCCGCGAAGCGCGUCAACAGAGUCAGAAACGGGCCAAAGAACUGUUGAGGCUGGGCCGUGUAGAAGAAGCGCGCUCUCAGAUGCGUCGUGGUGUCGACGUUACACACGAGAUGGCGCUGCGGCUCAUACAAAGGUGCCGCGAGCGCAACGUCGACUGCAUUGUGGCGCCCUAUGAGGCCGAUGCACAAAUGGCGUGGCUUAACAAGGCGGGUAUAGCAGAGUAUAUCAUAACUGAGGACUCGGACCUGACUCUCUUUGGUGCAGAGAAAGUCAUAUUUAAGUUGGAUCUCAAUGGUAACGGUUUGCUGGUCGAAGCCGAUAAGUUUCAUCUGGCCAUGGGCUGCUCGAAGGAACGCUAUCACUUCGAAAAGUUUCGUCGCAUGUGCAUCUUAUCGGGCUGUGAUUACCUGGACUCACUGCCUGGCAUUGGCCUGGCGAAAGCGUGUAAAUUCAUACUGAAAACGGAGCAAGACGAUAUGCGGAUAGCACUUAAGAAGAUACCACAAUAUCUGAAUAUGCGUAAUUUGGAGGUUGAUGAUGACUACAUAGAAAACUUCAUGAAGGCAGAGGCGACAUUCAAGCACAUGUACAUCUACAAUCCACUAGAGAAACGCAUGGAAAGGCUGCACGCCCUAGAGGAUUAUGAAACGGACGAACGCUAUUGCAGCAAUGCGGGCUCAUUGCUGACAGAUAGCGAAAAGGCAAUGCAGCUGGCAUUGGGUAAUCUAAAUCCCUUUACUCUCAAGACCUUGGAUAACUGGCAUCCGGAUCAGGCUACACAGCUUGCCACAAAAGCGGCGUCAGCAAAUGCCAUUAAGCGCAGCAAGCACAAAAGUAUUUGGCAAAAGGAAACCAAGGAAACUCCACAGGAACUGAAGCAAACCAGUUGCGCGCUGUACUUCAAGAGAAUCGACUUUGUGGGCCAGAACAUACAGGCUGAGAUCGAGGCCAAUCAACGGCAGGAGCAAGCAAAGCCCACAGAGGCUGAACUGAUAAACGUUUACAGCUUCAAGGGCAAACGUAAACGCAGCCCGAGCCGGAGUAACAGCCAGAGCACACCCCCAUCUUCGCCUGUACAGAGUAAAAGUCGCCACAACCCUUUUGCCAAGGAGUCACUACAACGCCCGCCUGCUGUCUGUGAAAACGCAUCAUUGCUGCGCCUGGUGAGCCCUAGCAAAUGCAGUCCCCUGAAGUCAAUGGAGCAGUCCAGAGUUAAUCCCUCGAAGCGCUGCAAUUUGACCGAGGUGCUAGAGCAGGUAGAGGUACGCAGUCGAUUCUUCAGUGCUCGCACCUCGGAAACAGAGCGAAUGCCAAGGGUUCCUAAAGAGCAACUGUCAGACGAGAAGCAGCUACAGGCACCGGCAGUGGAGCAGGAAAAUGAACAGCCAGUGGUGCCGCAAAAGAUGCAGCCAGAACAGCCAAACGAACAGCCGAGGGAAGCUAACAUUCCAGAACUGGACGUGGAGUCAACAACCACCUCAGCAACAACUGCUAGUAACGAAGACAUUCUUCUGCUAUCCUCGGACGAUGACAGCGCUCCGCUGCCGCGCAUCCAGGCUCAAGCAAAGCCACAGCUAAAAUUGGCACCCGUUGCUAGGCGCGUCGGUCUGUCCAAGCCAAAGGCGAAGGGGCGUACCAAGUCGGUGCCGAUUAGCGAGAAUCAAACAAAGUUAAGCAUGUUUGGCUUUCACAAGCCACGCCUACUCAAAUAACCUGCCCUGUAUGCAUUUGUAUCGUGUAGUAAUUGUUAUUCAAGUGCCAUCAAUUUGUUAUAAGUUAAUUUAUUGAAAUACUAAGCUGACUAAGGCUGUAGUCUCAAACACUGCACAUAUAGAUACUUAUCAAAUGAGUCAUUAGAAAUGUAAAUAAUUAGGGUCGACUCGAGCCGCUCAGUAAGCGGCAAUACAAAUUCCAAUUAGGACAACGGUGUUAUAUGAACUGCAUUGCAGCCCGCCAGAUGGCGCCAGAAGUCGCAGCAAGCACUUGGCAGCUGCAGCUGGGAAUGGUGUUUGGAUAGAUUUAUGAAGCAACUGAUCAUAUGAUCUGAAGGAGAUGCGCCAAGGUAAGUGUUCAGCGUGUUUCUAGAUAACGAAAAUGGGCUGCUGUCAAGGUGACCGAGAGAAUAAUAACAAACACGGCAACUACGUCAAGCUUCAUUGCCCCCCGCACGACUAACUUUAACUAAUAUUGCUAUAAAUAAACCUAUGUAUGCAUGUGUUUGUGUCUCUGUUUAGCCGCCCCUUCCGCGCCGCUUGUAAAUAUUUGUCAUUUGUGUUCAAAUACCCUCGCCGACGAUCUUUAAACUUUUGUUGGAGAAUAUGCAAGACAAUAAACUAUAAAUAUUAUAGUCAGUA